GACGUUUAUCAGUUGUACAGCGAACUGCCAGCAGUGAAUAUACAUACAUGUAAGAAAGCGAUUCUUUUGUUCGCCGGGCAAUUCCGAUGACACAUUCGCAUCACAUCCAGCACACGUAUUCCAUCCGUUUUUGCAGUUAUCUCGAUCUUUUGUGUGCGUAUAAAAAGACGGUAUCGUUUGGAAUAAAGACACUCGGGUGAUAUAUUGAUAUAAGUAUUGUGCUCCAGUGCUAUAUGUGAAUUGUGCCAAAAUCUAAAAAACUCUGCAUUUCUGUAAAAAGUUAUUUCGACUUAACGAUGAACAAGCCGGUAGUUGCCUACCAGUGGGGUUUUACUGAAGUGAAUAUGAAGAAAUCUAACUUUUUGUGGAAAAUCAACAACUACAGUCAUAUAAGCAAAGAUACUGGAGUCAUACUUGAAUCGCCUCUGUUUUCGCUCGAUGCUGAUGACGAAACGAAAUGGUACUUAGGACUGUACGCGAACGGUUAUAAUAACUCAAAUUACGUAAGCUUGUAUUUUAUGAACAAAUCAUCGAUUGAUUUCCAAGCGGAAGCUGAAGUUACUUUAUCCAUGUUGGACGCUAAUGGAGUUAAAUGCAGCAAAAAGAAGAUAAAAAAAGAACUAACUAAAGGUAGCGUAAAUUCUGUUGGAUUUGAUUGGUACGUAGAGAAAAGUUAUCUCAAGCACGAAGCAUACAAUCUGAUCGUAAAUGACGUCCUUACAAUUUUUUGCGAGUACACCAUCAUCACCGACAUAGUGAACUCGACGAUGCAAGGCUUGCAAAGCCCCAAACUUUUAGAGCAAAAAGCUCUCGAGGCGUUCGAGAGACAGUUCGAAUCGGACGAGUUUCACGACUUCACGCUCACGGCUCCCUGUGGAAAGCAACUUCGCGCGCACAAAUUUGUGUUGGCUGCCCGAAGCCCGGUAUUUUCAUCGAUGAUUAUUCGAGAUAUGAAAGAAAAGAAUGAGAACAACGCCAACAUAAAAGAAGUGGAUUACGCCUCGCUGAGAGAAAUGCUGCGCUUUAUGUACUCCGCAAAGGUUGAAAAUCUCAAAGAAUUGGCCGGUGGUGUUCUCGAAGCGGCCCGAAAGUAUCAAGUCGACGGAUUGAAGGAAGUAUGCGAGGAAUAUCUGUUUAAAAACUUGACCGUCGAAAACGCAGUCGAGACUCUGGCACUCGCUUAUCGCUACGAAAUAGAGAAUUUAAAAGCUCAAGCCAGUAAAUUCAUCACGUUCCACGCCAAGGAAAUAAUCGAAACUCCGGAAUUUCAAUCCGUCGACGAAGCGAAUUUGCUGUCAGAGAUUAUUCGUGUAAUCGCUUCUAACAAAUAAGUUGCCAAUUGUCGAUUCUAUUUCCAUCGCUUUCGCGCAUAUCAAAUUUCUUUUUUGGCUCUUAAAACAAAAUGAUGGCGCCAUCCAUACAACUCGCCUAAGCUAUAGACACAACAAGUUGCCGGGUUGCCGCCGGUUUCUUUUCUUUUGCUUUUGCUAUACCUAACGAGCCACGCAGUGUUUACAGUGUUUGCAGAGCGAGCCGCGGCGCCUGUCAUUUUAGUUGUGAGCGUCAGUUUGAUCUCGGCAGCACGGCUCUUCAGUUUGGCGUAACCGUUGACGAAUAUACCUAGUUUCACAGUUUUCUAAAAUAAUAUAUACUUAUUACCUACACGUUAUCAGUGAUCACAGGAGAAUAUAAUAAUAAGUGACUAUAGUGCAAAACGGGAAAAGAGACGUACAUAUUCAACUCUUAUUUCAAGGUUAAUCGACAUUGAUAACAUGAAUAAGCCAUUAGUUGCGGCUGAGUUGGGUUUCACCGAACAACAAAUCAUGAUAUCAAGUUAUGCGUGGAAAAUCAAAAACUUCAGAUUUAUCAAUAUGCCGGCUGGAGAGAGGCUUGAAUCCCCAACGUUUAACUUGGCUUCUGAUAAGACAGUAGACUGAUCGAAAAGGUCAAAUCGUUCAUAAAAGAUCAAAGAAUUCAGUAAUAAACUCCAACUCAUUCAACGGUUUUAACGAAUUUCUGGAAAGGCAUACUCUUACAGCUGAGAACAGCAACAUGUUGAUAAACGACGUUCUAACCAUACUCUGCGAAUUCAUUGUAGUAGGCAAGACAGUGAAUUAUUCGAAACAGGAAUACACGAAAUACUCCGCAGCUUACAAUACAAUUUCAAAACGAAAAGUUUUGUUGAACGAUAUCGAGUGUCAAUUGGAGGCCGAUAGAUUCCACGAUUUGACGAUCACUGCGCCCUGCGGCACUGAACUCCACGCCCACAAGUUCAUGUUGGCAGCACGGAGUCCAGUGUUUCGGGCAAUGUUUACCGUAGACAUGAAGGAAAAGGCAAACAAUGCAGUAAAAAUCGAGGAUAUUACUUACAAUGCUCUGAAGGAAAUGAUACGAUUUAUGUACACGGCUAAGGUCGAAAACCUCGACACAUGCCUGGAUGGAGUUUGGAUGGCAGCGGAAAAAUAUCAGAUCAGCGGAUUAAAGGGCGAGUGUAGAGAUUAUCUUUUCGAUAAUUUGAGCAUUGACAACGCUGUUAAAACAUUGACGUACUGUCAUCAAUUUCAAUUGAACGAUUUGAAAGCCUUAACGCAUCGAUUCAUGACAUUCCACGCAAAAGAUAUUGCCAACACUGAGUCAUUCAAGUCCAUAGAUGAUCCGGAUUUGUUGAUGGAAAUUGUUCAAAACCUGACUCUUAAAUCAUAAAUAGUUUAUUCGAUAUAAUAUUAAUGUUUAAAACGCGUUACUUUUAUGUUUUGUACUUACGUACCUUUACGUUCAUGUUCAGCUUGAGUUUUAAUCGUUUUCUGUAAUACUUGUAAUCAACGACGUGUUGAAAAAAAAUCAAUCAGUUGAAAAAUCAAGAAAAGAAUAUUAAGUAUAAUCAUCCGACAUCUACGCUAUCGAGAUACAACAAGCACAUCUCGCAAAUUCAAAUUCAAAAAUGUCGAGAAAUAGCAGCAACAAAGCAUGUGGGAAAA